UAGGGUUAGGUGAAUAUUUGUACUGUCUGCGCCUCGGAAAGUGGAUUCUUAUGACACACAGAAGCUCUGCUCUUUGAAAAGGAGCAUCACCAACCCCAAAAUCCCGAGCUAAUUCUGGUUUCGUACUCACCCUACUCGGGAGAUUUCGCAUUCGGAAAUUGUUUGAGUUUGGGGUAGAUUUGAGCGUUCAAUCGAUCGGAAAGAUAUUCGGAGUUCGUAGUUAUAAGCCGACAUGUUCUUGGUGGAUUGGUUUUAUGGAGUGCUCGCUUCGCUUGGGCUGUGGCAGAAAGAGGCUAAAAUUCUGUUUCUGGGGCUCGAUAACGCCGGCAAAACCACACUCCUUCACAUGCUCAAAGACGAGAGAUUGGUGCAACACCAGCCGACUCAGUAUCCAACUUCCGAGGAGUUGAGUAUUGGGAAAAUCAAGUUCAAGGCUUUCGAUCUUGGUGGUCAUCAGAUAGCUCGUAGGGUUUGGAAGGAUUACUAUGCCAAGGUGGAUGCGGUCGUUUACUUAGUGGAUGCUUUCGACAAAGAGAGACUCGCGGAAUCAAAGAAGGAACUCGAUGCUCUCCUUUCAGAUGAGGCCUUGGCUAAUGUUCCUUUCUUGAUUCUUGGAAACAAAAUCGACAUCCCUUAUGCUGCAUCAGAAGACGAGCUGCGAUACCACUUGGGGCUGAUGGGGAUCACGACCGGGAAGGGUAAAGUGAACCUUGCAGAAUCAAAUGUACGUGCAAUCGAGGUAUUCAUGUGCAGCAUUGUUCGUAAAAUGGGCUAUGGCGACGGCUUCAAGUGGCUCUCUCAAUACAUAAAGUAGCGCGCCACUCGAUCUGAAGGUAAUGUUUCGUCGUCCCUUGGCUUGAUUCACAAUUUGUAGGGUUCAUUGUUCAGGUGAUCUCGCGCCUCGUCGUGGAGUGAGCGAGAUAUGGUCGAAUGUCAAUGCUGCUGUUUAAACGAUGAUACAUUGUUCUUGUCUCUAUUCUACUUCUACAAUAAGGUGUUUUUUUUUUUCCUGGAGUUUGGGCAAUGAAAUUUGUAGUCUUUUUUGCAAAAUUUGUAUGAUGAUAUAAUGUGCUUAAAGAUUAAUAUUAAAUAAUA